AUGUUUCUUGUAGAAGAAGGAAGACUGACCUUGGUAUUAAUGGGGCCUCUUCUGUAUUUGUCAGCUGUGCUCCUGUUGCUGUUUGACCCAUGUGUGGGAGUCCGAAUGGUGUCUAUUCAAAAAGGACCUCUUUAUCGAGUAAGAGGGACACACAUCACUAUUAGGUGUAAUGUCAGUGGCUACCAAAAAUCGGAGAAGCUGAAUUUUGAGUGGUCCACUUAUCAGCUAUCAGCUCCACAGAGAGAGAUGAAGAUCAUCAGCACUGGAGACAGCAGAUUCUCUUACAAAGUCUACUCCAAGCGUGUUGAAAGUGGGGAAAUCUACAUUGAAAAGCUCAAGGAAGAUUCUGUUCUCCUGCACAUCAUGGACCUCGAGGAUAGUGAUGCAGGUGUAUAUGAAUGUCACAUACCCAACACAGAAGAUGUUUAUCUUGGGACUUACAGUGCUAAAACAAAUGUCUCAGUAAUUCCAGACACACUCUCUGUCACCAUGAAGUCACAGGUUUUCAUGCAAAAUGAAGGCGAUUCUUUGGAUCUUAUUUGUCAAGUAUUGGUGGCAACAGCACAACAUACCCACAUUUCUGUGGCUUGGUAUGUAAUACCAGAAGGAAAGGACAGAAAUGCCCAGAAGAUUCUUUCCCUGUCCAAAGAUAAUGUUCUGCUUCCAGGCCCUUCCUACACUGAGCGGUUCAACGCAGGAAAUAUCAGGCUAGUGAAAAUUGGGGAUACGGAAUAUAAAUUUUCCAUCAUCAAACUUCAACAUUCAGAUCAAGGGAAACUGUUUUGGGAAGCAGUGGAGUGGAUUCAAGACCCUGAUGGAACUUGGAAAGAUAUUGUCCAGAAACAGACAAAUACAGUAUCACUGACGGUUAAACGCCUUGAUAAAAAACCGGAUAUGAAUAACACUACUGUCAAAAAUUCCACUCUGAAUGGAAAAGAAAAUCCCCUCAUCUGCUCAGUGGAAACCCAGAAUAUCCAUGGUUCUGUAUGGCUUGUCUCCAUCAUAAUGGGGUGGUGGUUAGUACAGAUCAUUACUGGGCCUCGUCUGUCCGAAUGACAGUGAAGCAAGUCCUAGUGUGAAAAAUCUUCUGGUGCAAAGCAAAGCAGUGACAAGCAUAUCCUUAUGAUAAGUCAGGUGGAACUGAUAGACAAAGAUAGAUAGAGCUGUAAGAUUUCUGAAAUAGAAAACAUAUUCUAGGUUCAUUUGUCAUUAUGCAAGAACAAUCCAUUUGGCAUCAGUACAAAUAUAAAGUCUCAAGGUCAAUCGGGCUAGAUUCUUUUUUCUAUACGUAAAUCAGAGUUGUGCUGACUGAUAAAAUUCUGUUUUUGCUCAGAACUAAUAGAAUGUAGCUUUUCUGUUAUAUAAAGAUGAAUGUAUUUGUUCAGAAUUUUCCAGAUGUACUCACAUUCUGUAAGUAAAGUAUCCUUGGA